GCAUGGCUGGUGUCCUCCUGCUCCAGGCUUCUCUUUAGAUUCCUCGCUGGCUGUGUUGGCCAACCCGCUCUUCUAGAUGCUCCUCGGGGCAUCCUGGCUGUGCACCUCUAAAGGACCGCAGAAAGCAUCCAAAGGGGGGGAGGAGGAGAGGAGACGGGAGAGGAGAGAAGGGGGAAGCGGAGAGGAGAUGGAUGAGUCGUCGUUGCUGGAUUUACUGGAGUGCUCGGUGUGCCUGGAGAGGCUGGACACCACCGCCCGGGUACUGCCGUGCCAGCAUACCUUCUGCCGCCGCUGUCUGCAGAGCAUUGUCAGCUCCAGGAACGAGCUGCGCUGCCCGGAGUGCCGCAUCCUGGUGGACUGUGGAGUGGACGACCUACCGGCUAACAUCCUACUGGUCAGGCUGCUGGAUGGCAUAAGGCAGAGACCUCGGGGUAGCCCCACCGGGAGUCCCACGGCCAGCAUCAACAACAGCAACAACUGUGGCAGCCCGGGGUGCUCUGCUACGGGGGUCAACACUGCAGGGCACCCCCACAAUGCUGCCUGUACCCAGAGUCUGCGCGAUCUGGCUGCUGCCAGCCACAAUGCCCUCCUGCUGGCCAAGGUACGUCAACUUUCCCACGUGUGUCUGUAG